UUGCUGAUCAAAGUUAUUAAUAUGGACGUGCAAAAGAACACAGAGAGAGAGCACCUCGAUAGUUCUGUCUGAGAGGGAAGUAGCCUAUGUCCCACGUGUGAGACCAGCCCUCCCCCUUACAAAAAUAUAAUGGUAUCGGCCGGCACGCAGCCAAAUGGAAUGCCGUUCGUUGACCUGCGGCGGGUAUCUCUCACUCGCCGUUUAAACCCCUGUGCGUGUUUGGCCGUGAAGCUACGGUUAACAGUCGCGAAUAGGUGGUUCCUAUUAAGGUUGGCCUGAAUCCGAAUUAAAACCACUCACACAACUUGUGACGCGUGUUCCUGAGUCCCCGCGGCACGAUGGCCGGGCUGCUCAGACAUCUGCGACAGAACAUCAGACUUGUGUCCUCUUUUGGAAAGUCUCAUACUAAAGGCGCAUAUUCUCAGAAAAGACAUCUCGCCUCUACCACGAAGACCCUUUACGAUUGGCGCGCCGCGGAUGAGUAUGUUGAGAUCAGCCAUGGAGAUGCGGUGAUGCGGUUUGACUAUGUCUGGCUGCGGGAUACAUGUCGCUCUGCCGCCUCUUACAACCCCAAGACCAGCCAGAGAAUCCUCGACACAGCAAGUAUUGAUUUGAACAUCCGUCCUGCACAAACCAAGGUAACGGACGGGCACCUCUCACUCACAUGGCCAGACGGUCACGUGACCUCCUACAGUCUGAGCUGGUUGGCCGAGCACAGCCACCAGGCCAAAACGCGGACGGUGCUGCAGAACCGCGUGUUGUGGAACCGCGACACCUAUGACGCGGCGCAGGUGCCGUCCGCGCGCUGGGAAGAGUUCAUGAGCAGCGAGGCGGAACUCAGGAGCUUCGUGCAGAACUUUCUCCUCUACGGGAUCGCCUUCGUGGACGGCGUGCCGGCCAGCGUGGAGGCCACGGAGGCGGUGUCUGAGAGAGUCAGCAUCAUCAGGGAGACCCUGUACGGGAGGAUGUGGAGCUUCACCUCUGACCUGUCCCGGGGAGACACCGCCUACACCACCCAGGCGCUGGACAGACACACGGACACCACCUACCUCCACGAGCCCUGUGGGGUGCAGGUGUUCCACUGCCUGCAGCAUGACGGGGCGGGGGGCCGCACGCUGCUGGUGGACGGGUUCCACGCGGCCCACAAGGUUCUGGAGGAGUCCCCGGAGAGCUUCCAGGUGCUCUGCCGCGUGCCCAUCAGGCACGAGAACAUCGAGGCCGAGGGGGGCCACCGGAACCACCUGGUGGGCACGGGGCCGGUGCUCAGCGCGCACCCCUGGAACCGGGAGCUCUACAUGAUCAGGUACAACAACUACGACCGCGCCCCGAUCGACACGGCGCCCCCGGAGGCGGUCCGGCGCUGGUACGCGGCGCACCGCCUGCUGACCGCCCGGCUGCGGGACCCCGGGAACGAGCUCUGGGUCAAGCUGACGCCCGGGAGGGUGGUGUUCAUUGAUAACUGGCGCGUUCUGCACGGUAGGGAUUCCUUCACGGGCCUCCGGCGGGUGUGCGGCUGCUACCUGCCCCGCGACGACCUGCUCAGCACGGCCCGCGCCCUGGGCCUGCUCGCCUGACUGGGGGCCUCGCCUGCACCCCCCGCUGCACCCACAACCAGACUGUAGUCCCCACCACACACCACACCCACACCACACCGUACUCACACUGCACCCUACAUCACACCUACACCACCUACACCACCUACACCACCCACAACACCCCAAACUAGAGCCCACACGGUUGCCUGGUCUGGGGUCUGUGAUAGAACUGCUGACCCCAAAGCCCCCUACUCAGUGACCUCUGGUGAUUACAACAUGAGGCUAUGAUAGAUAUAGAUUAUAGAUAUAGAGGAUAUAGAAGGAAGGCCAUCCUCCUCGUCACCAAUGGACUGACAGUAAAGGAGAAAAGACUUGUUUCUAAGAGGUGCUCCAAAAAAAGAUUUUUUUAUCUAAGAAGGAUUUAGGACGGUAUAAGCAUUGGAUUUUGUAAUUUUUCUACCAAAGAAGUGUUUUAUGAGUUGUUUAAGCUUUGAUGAACUCCUCAGAUAACAUGCAUUGCACUCUGCCUUUUGCACAAUGAAGAUUUAAAAAAUAAUAAACUUUACCCUGUUUGGCGAA